AGUCUCAACAAAUAAAGACCAACGAUUCAUCAUCCCAUUCGAUAGACAGAAAGAUGGAGGAUGUCGAAAAGGUAAAGGCGGAGGCAUCGCAAUUGAUAGGAGUGUUUCAAGUUCUACCAAAGCUCGUAGUUUUCGACCUCGAUCAAACUCUUUGGCCUUUCUACUGUGAGUGCCGCUCCAAGCACGACACACCUUCUCUGUUUCCUCAUUCUAGAGGCAUCUUGAGUGCACUCAAAGAUGAAGGAAUUGACGCUGCUAUUGCUUCUAAAUCACCAACUCCUCAUAUAGCAACCACGUUUCUUGACAAACUCAGUAUCACCUCCAUGUUUGUCGCCCAGGAAAUAUUUUACACAUCAACACACAAAACAGAUCAUUUUCAGAAAAUUCAAUCAAAGACCGGUGUCUCCUAUAACUCUAUGCUCUUUUUCGAUGAUGAUAACAAUAACAUCAAAGAGAUUUCAAAAUUGGGAGUAACGAGUAUUUUGGUUAGGAAUGGUGUGAAUCUUGGAGUAUUUAGAGAAGGUCUCACAAGAUAUUCUCAAAGCUGGGAUGUGUCAAAAAACAAGCAGAAAAGGCGUAAAUAAUGUUCUCAUGAGCAACACUAUUUGAAAUUCCAAGCAUGAUAUCCCUCUCGCCAUUAUUAUAAAUAAAUUUUUUUUUUUAGGUUCAAUGAAUAAUGAAUGUAUUAGAUAUAUUCAUUAUUCAAUGAAUCUCAAAAGAGAAUAUUUACUUAUAAUUCAGGCCAGAGGGAGUAUAUGUUUGAGAUUAUCUCUCUUUAUGUGCAUUUUAUUCAGAAUAUCGUCCAUAUUGAUGAUUUGAAGUAUAA